CCAAGCAAGAUAAUUCAACAGGUAUAGCACUUCCCACAUUCUGAUCUUGGCGCACUGCUCGCUUCCACAGAGAAAGGGGAGGGGUCUGUCGCCUGCGGGGAGAUCCCGUGGGGAUCGCUUCCCUAUAGCCCACCGGCUCAGCCGCCGCUUGGUCCCUCCGCAAUCCUAAGAACUUCACCCGAAGAAGGACAGGCGUCUUCCCCCUUUGGACGGAACAAAGCUCCCCCACCCUCUCCCGAAGCUGUCUCUCUCUCAGCGGAGUUUCGCUUUGCUGUUCAUUCUCGUCUCUCCAGGUUCGGAUUCUUUUAACGACUCAUUUACAGUGCUGCUAUUGCUGCUUAUGACGAUCGUCGUACUCUAGCUGCAUGGUUGUGGCCUAUUCACCAAAGGAGCAUGUAAAUUCAAGGUUCUUCCUUGGUCCCCAAUUGAACAAGCAGGAUGCCAGAGCAAAGUAAUGAUUACCGAGUGGUUGUGUUUGGAGCUGCUGGUGUUGGUAAGAGUUCUUUGGUACUCCGUUUCAUACAAGGGACCUUCCGUGAAACAUACAUCCCCACUGUUGAAGAUACAUAUCGUCAGGUUAUCAGCUGUGACAAGAGCAUCUGUACUCUUCAAAUCACAGACACCACCGGAAGCCACCAGUUCCCUGCCAUGCAGAGACUCUCCAUCUCAAAAGGCCAUGCAUUCAUGUUAGUAUACUCUGUGACCAGCAGGCAAUCUGUAGAAGAGCUCCAGCCAAUCUAUGAGCAGAUCUGUCAGAUCAAAGGAGACAUUCAGAAAGUCCCAAUUAUACUGGUAGGAAACAAGAGCGAUAACCCCCAAAGAGAAGUGGGCACCAGUGAAGGAGAAGUCCUUGCCACGAAAUGGAAAUGCUCCUUCAUGGAGACCUCCGCCAAAAUGAACUAUAACGUGCAGGAGCUUUUUGAAGAGCUCCUUAAUUUAGAAAAGAGAAGAAAUGUAAGUCUGCAGGUGGAUGGCAAGAAAUCAAAGCAGCAGCGAAAGAAGGAUAAACUGAGAAGCAAAUGUUCUGUAAUGUGACACCUACUGUGUGGCUAAAAUAAGAGCAUAAUCUUGAUCUUGCAGGACAUCUAGUCAGAGAAAAUUCUGAUUAUUGAGAUUUUCAGAGGCUAAGUAAGUGUAAAUGUGGGUUGGAUUGUUUUAAUAUUUAUUUAAGGGCGGUUGGAUUUUGCAUGUUCCUUUUUGCACAAGCAUCAGCUAUGCCUACUGCAAACCGGUCAAUACCGUUCUGUGGUCAAGUGCAUGAUAAAAGUGGAAUAAAUAAUCUUAAACCUGCAAUGUACUGCUACAUUUUUAUAGUUUCUUCGAUUUGCAACAUAUUUCCUCUUACAAAUACUAAUGUGAAUGAGCAAAUCGCAACAGGAUUCUACUGAGUAAACCAGUAUAAUUAGACAGUACUGCAGCCAAUGCUUGCAUAUACUUGGAACAAACAAUAAAUGCUUACAGAUAGAACUUAACUAUCUGAUUAUUGAUAGUUCUCUGAUUAUUGUAGAUUAUUUGUAUUUAUGAUAGUCCUUCUAAUAUGUAUAUUUAUAGUAAAGAGACUUUAUUCUUAAGUGUUCCACGUUAUAUGUAAAUACUUCGUAUGUGGCUACAUCGGCAAGAUUUUAUGUGAAUAAUUAAAAUUAAAUGAGUUUUUAAUGUGUA